AUCAUCUACAUCGGCUGUUCGUACGCCACGGUGUACCUGAUCUACAUGAAGUUCAAAGCAACCUAUGAUGGGAACCAUGACACGUUCAGGGUGGAGUUCCUGAUCAUCCCUGUUGGUGGGCUGGCUUUUCUAGUGAACCACGAUUUCUCUCCUCUGGAGAUCUUGUGGACGUUUUCCAUCUAUUUGGAGUCCGUGGCCAUUCUGCCCCAGCUCUUCAUGAUCAGUAAAACGGGCGAGGCUGAGACCAUCACCACCCACUACCUGUUCUUCCUGGGCCUCUACAGAGCGCUCUAUCUCAUCAACUGGAUAUGGAGGUUCUACUUUGAAGGCUUCUUUGAUAUGAUUGCGAUCGUGGCGGGAGUGGUUCAGACCAUCCUUUACUGCGAUUUCUUCUAUUUGUAUGUAACAAAAGUUCUGAAAGGAAAGAAGCUGAGCCUGCCAGCUUAAGUGCUGGGGAGGGGAGCUCCAGCAGCGUCAGAGCGGGGACCUGCAGAGGACGCCCCACACCCUCUACUGCUUUCCUUUCUCGCCUCUCCUGCCAGCGUAAGACUGAUGCCUGAGACAGAAAGCAAAGCCGUUCCUCCAUCAGAACCAGAACCAUCGAGGCGGAAACACCUUCAGAUCCUCGUCAACACCUUGGAUUUCUGUUUGAUGCGUCUUGCCUUCAAAUUAUUGCUCUAUAUAAAGACAGAAUAAGGCACAACACGUGGUGAAUCUGAGCUGAGGAUGUAAAGUUACCAGUCAUCCUGUGAUGUUGAAGUGGACUUGUAGUGGGAUAGUGUUGAGCAUUUGUAAUAAAAGCAUUUACAUAAAUCAAUUUAAGGAUAAAUUUGUUGCAUCCUUACAACUAUGGUAGAUGGAUUGCCCAUAUUUUAUUUUCUUGUUCAUGAUUUGCCUGUUGUGCGUUAAAACUUGUACAGUUUUCUUUCUGCUGUUUGGGUGAACAGAAGUCUGAUAGAAAUGGUAAACUUGUUUUUCCUUAUUAAAAAAAUGCAUCUUGGAUGUAAUUAAAGUUUGUUUUCCCUCUUAUCAGGUAACAUUAAAAAUGUUUUUGUAUUUUAAACUAGAGAGAAAAUAGAAUCAAUAGACAACUAUUAAUGUAAAAAACUUAUUUUUGUAAAUCUGUGCACAACUAAUCCACCAUAUUGCCUGUAAUUACACAAACUAACUGUUUCAGCUUCAUUCAUUCACUCUUAUUGUGCUGUAUGUGAAGUCUCACUGCCGACAGUUUUCUUUUACAUUCACCUGUAUUUAUUACAUUUCUCAUUUCCAGUUGGUCCKGAGAAGCUCUAAAGUGAAAGCUCUUAUUGGAUUUAGAAAGCAAAGUGUAAAUCACACACAUCUGCUUUUGUUUCACUUAGCAAGUGCUUCAUUUUUAAAAUGUUUUUAUUUUUUAUCAGUUUUGCAUGAUGAUGACAUCACAAAUAAAUAAUUUAAAAUUCUA